GGGGGGGUUGUGCAGAGAUGGCACUUGGACGGAGCAAUUGUCACUUGGUGGUGAUGGCUCUCGACUGAUGUCCGCUUGCUCGUUGCUUCUGAUUCUGUAGGAUUGCGACAACCCUUAGGAGCCUCGGGUUGCGUGUUAAGCGUAGAACUGGAGCUGAGGAUGAUAACAGAUUUUCGAAGGGUGGCGUUGUGAAGGGAGAGAGCACGGGAUUGGUAGUGUUUUAGUAUCGCAGCAGUGGCGGAGGAGCCGAUUGCCAUGGACGGCUCGGAGAAUCAUGGGAGAGGGCCGACGGGGGCGACGCCUGAGCAGAUCGACGUGGAGAGCUACGCGAGCCUGUACUCGGGGCACACGAAGAUCGCUCGCUUGCAUUUCAUAGCGGAUCAUAGCAAUUCCCGCAAUUUGGAGCUCGAGGCUUUGCGGAUGGCGUUGGAUGAGAUUCGGAAGGGGGAGAACACGGUAUUGUUCAAAGAGUGUGUGGAGAAGAUAAACGGGCGCCUAGGGCCUGGUUACGGAUUGGACCAGGAGUGGAUUGAUACGGUGGAGCGCCGGGCUGCACAGCGGCAGGAGAAGCUUGAAAUGGAGCUCAAUGGAUAUAGGACAAACCUGAUCAAAGAGAGCAUUCGAAUGGGCUACAAUGACCUCGGCGAUUUCCAUUAUGCUCGCGGGGACCUUCAGCAAGCCUUCAAGUGCUACGUGCGGACACGGGAUUACUGCACAACCUCCAAACACAUAAUUGCUAUGUGCUUGAAUGUUAUUUUGGUUAGCAUUGAGCUUGGACAUUUUGUCCAUGUCUCAAACUACGUUUCAAAAGCUGAUCAGACUCCUGAUGUGCAAGACCCCGUCGUGUUAGCCAAACUCAAAUGUGCAGCCGGUUUGGCACACCUUGAGAGCAAGAAGUACAAGUUAGCCGCCCGCAAGUUUGUUGACACGAACUUCGAGUUGGGUAGCAACUACUCAGAUGUUAUAGCUCCCCAAGAUGUUGCAACAUAUGGAGGUCUUUGCGCGCUUGCAUCGUUUGACAGAGCGGAACUUAAAAGUAAAGUGAUUGACAACAUCAACUUCCGCAAUUUUUUGGAGCUUGUCCCUGAAGUGCGAGAGCUGAUCCAUGACUUUUAUGCGAGUCGAUAUGCUUCUUGCUUAGGGUAUUUGCAAAAGCUGAAACCGAAUUUAUUGCUCGAUAUUCAUCUAUACGAUCAUGUGGAGACAUUAUAUGAGCAAAUUAGACACAAGGCCCUUAUUCAGUACACGAACCCCUUCAUCUCAGUAGACCUGAACACAAUGGCCAGUGCUUUCAAGACUAGUGUAACAGGGUUGGAGAAAGAGCUAGCUGCACUUAUUACGGAAAAUCAGAUCCAGGCUCGUAUCGAUUCACACAACAAGAUUCUGUACGCACGGCAUGCAGACCAACGUAACACGACUUUUCAGCGAGUGCUGCAAACAGGCUCUGAUUUCCAGAGAGAAACAAGAGCCAUGCUCCUUCGUGCGAAUCUAAUGCGCCAAGACUUUGUCAUGAAGGGGAAUCGAAAGCAGCCCUAAAUAGCCUAUGUAUUAAAGCUGAAGAAUCAGUGUGUAACUCGUAUCAAUGUCAUCUGAAAUAUCAGAACCAGGCUUCUUGGUAUGCGCUCAAGCAGCCAGCUAUUUUACAAGCAUGUUCAUGUCUUGUUGAAUGAUCUUUAACGCAUUACAUUGAUCUUAUA